AUGUUGUCGCGGAGUUGUCGCAUCCUAUCGCUGGUAGAACUGGCGACAGCAACGUUAAUGCUGGCCCUUUCCACUGUGCUCCAGUUGCGUCUGACUAUAGCAAGGACAGCUUCGUCCCCCGCCCACGUGGACUUUGAGUAUUCGGACACGCUCUGUGGCACGGCAUGGCGGGACGACUACAUCCGCCUGCACUCCGCCAUUCGCUCCGCCAGUGCCGCCGCUUACACCCCCCCUCCCUCUCCCACUCCCCCUCCCCCUGCUUCCUCCCCCGCCUCCCACUCCUCCCGCCGAUUGCUCUCGCUCGCAAAUUCCCCACCACUGCCACCACCAGCCGCAGCAGCAAUAGUGACAUCAGCAGCAGCAGCAGCUGCUACAUCAGCAGAAGUCUCGGAACCAAGCUUGUCAAACCAGACCCUCCCAGCUUCCCCCAUUCGCUUCCUCACGUUCGACCAAGCCGGGCACUGCGGCGGCUUCGGGGACUUCCUAGUCGGGCUCGUCUCCUCCUUCGUCGCUGCGCUCUUGGACCGCCGGGCGUUUGUGAUUCGCCAAAACUGCAUCCAGUACGCGUUUGAGCCCGCAUUCAUCGACUGGCGCCCGUCCCCUGAUGUUCCCAUGGAGCCUUUUCGUCGCACGAGGAAUCUGAAUGAGUCGUUUUCGCCGGGGGUGAUUCCGUUUCUGGAUUUGAAUGGGAAUCGGCUGGGUUUGCAGGGGCUGGAGAGGUUUAAGGCGUUUCGGCAUGUAAAGGUGCUGUGGAACCGCAGGAUGGUAACGGAGAUGCUUACGAAGGGGACGGGCAAUUGGGCCGAUGCGUUCAGGGCGAUGGGGUUGCGCCCACCGUACGCCUUUUGCUGCAUUCUGCGAUUCCUUGUUAGGCCCAGGAAGGAGGUAUGGCCGCUGACAGCGCGGCUACUGCAGGAGAUGAGGGAGGUGCGGACGGUGGUGGUGGGGGUGCACGUGCGCCUGAGCGACAGUGUGGUGCGCGACCCGCACGCCACCGCCAAAAGCGUCACUCCCGCUUCCAUGGCCGCUGCUUUGGAGGCGGCUGCUCCCAUUCUCGCCUGCGCCAAGGCAGUGGAGGACAUGUGGUAUCCCCCGCCUCUCACAAUGCGCUGGAUGCUCAUCACCAACUCAAUCGACUUAAAGACGGCCAUCCGAUCGCACUUCCCCGGCAAGAUACUCGAGACAAAUUUCGUGCCUCGCCACUCACAGGCGUUCGGCAACAAGGGCAAGGAGCAGGAGAGGGAGGAGGCAGAGCAGAGCUACCGAGAGAUGGUGGCUGAGUGGCUCUUGCUGUCGUCUAGCAACUCCGUUUCACAUCCGCAAGCAGACUUCGGCGUUGCAUACAGUGGCAUAUGA